AUGGCAGAAAGUGAUUCAACAUGUUUAGCAUCACUUGUGUAUUAUUUCGGGGAGAAAUACUACCGCCAAGCCAUAAUGACUUCAGUGCAGUAUUUAAAACUGUACGGUAAUGAUCCAGUUCUGCUGUUUUUCAAAGCCCAUGGAAUUUUGAUGGAAGGUCGUAUUCAAGAGGCCAUUCGUGAUCUGGAGCAAAUAAGAGACAAGCCAGAUGUCUCCUUGUGCUCUCUCAUGGCUCUUAUCUAUGCGCAUAAGCAGACUGAAACUGUUGAUCGAGAUGCUGUGGAGGAGCUUGAUUCUCAGCUGAAAGCAAGUCGCAAGGCAGCUGGCGACAAGGCCCUGUACUAUGCUGCCAUGUUUUUGUGGCUUAUGGGCCGUGGUGACAAAGCUAGGGACUAUCUGGACAGAAUGCUCAAGAUGUCCAGUUCCUCAAGAGAGGGGCUAAUUCUGAAGGGGUGGAUUGAAGUCACUUCUGAGAAUGAUCUGAACAGAAACAAGGCCCUCCGAUACUUCGACAGUGGGAUGUCAGACUCCAAGAAUGUGUUUGGGCUGAUGGGAAAGGUUAGGUAUUUCACGGGAAAACAGAACUUCUCAGGAGCCCUUGAAGUGGUGAACCAGAUCAUUGCCUCUCAUCCUGACUUCCUCCCAGCUUUAACCCUGAAGAUGAAUCUGUUUCUGGCCCAACAAGACUGGGAACAAUCUCUGGACACCGCAUCCCGGAAUUUGCAGAAAGACGGACAUAAUUUGAAAGCUCUUCAGAUAAUGGCAGUCCAUGAUUUAGCGAAAGAUGGUGACCUAAUCAAGGCACGGGAGCAUCUUCAGGCACUGCUUAGUGCAGUGGAGAUAACAGAGCCCUCCACACCAAGUCUGCAUGUCAGUAUUACAGUGCCCAUCAGCAGAAUGUGUGGAAACAACACAGAAGUCCUGCAAACUCUGUGUCAGUUUGUGGAACGUGCCUUUGCCAAGGCACCAACAGACGCUUGUAUAGCCACUGAAAUUGGCUACCUACUUGUCCUCCAAAACAAGAUUAAAGAGGCUAUGAGAUGGUACUCUACUGCCAUCAAACUGGAUGGGAGCAGUAUGCCAGCCUUGGCAGGUGUGAUCCGUUGCCAGCUGCUUCAAGGGCAGCUUGAAGAAGCAGCACAGCAGCUAGAGUUCCUUGGCGAAAUACAACAGUCCAUCGGCCAAUCAGCGGAGUUGGGCCUUCUCCAGGCCAUGUUAGCCCAUAAAAGAGGGGCAGGUGCGGACGUCGUGAGUUCCCUGCUGAAGGAGGCCACCGAGCUGCACUUCUCUGCCAUUCAGGGGCUGCCCUUGGGGGUGGAGUACUUUGAGAAGCUCAACCCCGCAUUCCUCUUUGAGGUGGUGAAGACACACCUGGCUGUCUGUCAGCCUUGUACUGUUGGUCAGCCAUUGCCAUUUGGGUUGAUGCACUCUGCCAUGAUCCUGGAGCCCGUGGUCAAAACUGCUCCUGGAAUUUUACCUGGUGCCUACCUCAUGGCCAAGGUGAAAUUUCUUUCAGGUGACCUCACAUCUGCCCAGAGCCUUCUAACACACUGUCUGGAGCUGGACCCAACCUUGUCAGAAGUCCACCUGCUGCAAGCACACCUUUACCUUUCCAUGGGGGACUUCAAAAAAUGCCUCCAGUCCCUGGAGACAGGAGUGAGCCACAACUUUCAGGUUCGGGAGCUGCCCCAGUACCACCUGAUCAAAGCCAAAGCCCUGAAGAAGACGGGAGACCUUCCAGAAGCCAUCCAGAGCCUGAAGAUGGUCAUGAGCCUGCCGGGGGUGAGAAGAGAGGUGAAAGGCAAAGAGGCCUCCAUAAGCAACAGUGACCGCGUGUCCGCAUACCUGGAGCUGGCCGAAGCACUGCGAUUGAAUGGGGAACAGCACGAAGCCAUAAAGGUAAUGCAGGAUGCCAUCGUGAACUUCACCGGAACACCUGAGGAGAUCCAAGUUACGCUGGCAAAUGUAGACCUGGCUCUGUCCAAAGACGACAUCAAUACUGCUUUGACUCUCCUGCGUGGCAUCACACCCAACCAGCUGCAUUAUGCAGAGGCCAAAGAAAAGAUAGCCAAAAUCUACCUGGAGAAACGAAAAGACAAGAAACUCUACAUCGCAUGCUACAGGGAACUGUACGAGGAUCAGCCAGGGCCUCACUCCAGUGUUCUCCUGGGGGAUGCGUACAUGAGAGUGGAAGAGCCAGAAAAGGCUAUUGAGGUUUAUCAGGAGGCGUUGAAGAAGACUCCCAGAGAUGCAGCCUUGGCGAGAAAGAUAGGACAAGCAUUAGUGAAGACCCAUCAGUACAACAAGGCUCUUAGCUACUACGAAGCUGCCCUGAAGAUCAGCGGACAGGAUUUCCUGCGUAGCGAUUUGGUAGAGCUUCUUCUGAAAAUGCGGCAAUAUGAAAGAGCACAGAAAAUUCUCAACCAGGCUUUGGACCAUGAACCAACAAAUGAGUUAUCGAACAUGAUGAAUGAUGUAAAGUAUUUACUGUUGCUGGCGACAAUCUACAAGAGGUGUGGAUCUCCUGCUAUGGAAACAUUGGAGAAGGCCUACAAUAUCCAGAUGAGGGUCAUGAGACGCCUCCCCCUGGAGCAGCCGGAAUCUUUUCAGGAACAGAAAACUUUGGCGUCCACCAUCUGCCACCAAAUCGCCCAGCUGAGCCGUUCUCAGCGUGACUUUGAGAGGGCCAAGAAGUCCUACAAAGAGGCCCUGACCCACUGCGAGGGAGACUUGCAGAUAAUCCUUGAGUUGGCCCAUUUGCGCCUAGAGCAGGGUAACAUGGAGGCUUGCUAUCAGCAGUGUCAGGUGUUGCUGAAGAACCAGGAGGACAAUGAAGAGGCAUCCAUGCUAAUGGCAGAUCUAUUGUUUCGGAGGAAAGAAUACGAUACUGCAGUCCUAUGCUACAAACGACUUAUGGAGCAUACCACAGACAACUACUUUGUUUUGGCCAAGUUCAUAAACAUGCUCAGAAGAACAGGAAAGCUUGACGACGUCCCAGCCUACUUUCAAAAAUGCGAGAAGGACCACCCCAGGGCUCCCAUAGAACCAGGCUAUAACUUUUGCAAGGGACUGUACUGCUGGCAUGUGGGCCAAGUGAAUGAAGCUUUGAUGCACUUCAACAAGGCCCGGAGGGACACAGACUGGGGGGAGGGGGCAUUGUGUCACAUGAUCCAGAUCUGCCUCAACCCUGACAACGACACCAUCGGAGGGGAGGUGUUUGAGGUGGCUCAGGAGGAAUGGAGAAGGGAGUCCGAGCCCUGGGGAGUGACCACAGCGCAGAACCUGCUGAAGGGUUACCGUCCUCGCACAAAACAGGGGGAGGACAAAAUGGCCCUCCUUUACAGCCACUGUCUGAUGGCCACCAAGGAGCCUAAGCAGGUGGAGAGGGCUCUUGCGGCUUUCACUGAAAUGGCCUCAUCACAGGAGAACAAUGCGGCGUAUCUUCUAGCCAUGGCCCAAGCCUUCAUGAUCCUCAAACAGACGCCCAGAGCCAGGAACCAGCUGAAGAGACUCUCGAAAAUGGAGUGGACCGAGAACAAUGCAGAGGAGCUGGAGAAAAGCUGGCUGCUCUUGUCUGACAUUUACAUCAAGUCUGGCAAAUAUGACAUCGCCACCGACCUCCUAAAACGCUGCCUCCUUUACAACAAGUCUUGUAGCAAAGCGUUUGAGUACUUGGGAUUCAUCAUGGAGAAUGAGCAGUCCUACAAGGAUGCUGCUGGUUACUAUGAGCAGGCCUGGAAGUACAGCAACCGGGUGAACCCCUCCAUGGGUUUCAGGCUCGCCUUCAAUUAUCUGAAAUACAAGAGAUACACAGAAGCAAUAGAUGUUUGUCGCAAGGUUCUGACUGAGCACCCUGGCUACCCACUGAUCCGGACAGAAAUUCUGGAGCGGGCCCAGCUGGCGCUGAGGCCUUAGUGCCGAGUAGGGCCUCCAAACAUAGGCCUGCUGCUCCUCACAGAGAGGCGUGCAUUCUUCCGAGAAACUUUCAUGUUACAUUUAUU